AAGUUAACCUAGAAGAUGGGAAAAGGAGAGGAAUCAAGUGAGUGAGUUUAGGCGUUUUGUUUCUAAUAAAAGGUUGGACGAACAAGUAACAACUGGUGGGUUACACAUAAAAACCACUCUGGCCGUUUCCGUCUCUCUCCGUCCCUUCCAUUUUCAAUCAUUUUUUUGUUGCCAUAGAACAUUGUAGAUAGCCUUUGCCUUUGCCUUUGCCUUUUCCUAGUGUAAUUCUCCAGAACCCACCGCCAUGGAGGAGGACGGUUCAGGAAGCGAAUUCCACGACUGGGAGGUUCUCCAUGACUAUGAGUAUGCCCACACUUUCCCCCAAGUUCACUCCAAUUUUCCUGAUUCGAACUCGAGGUUCUUUCACGUAAUUGAAGGCGAUUCAGGCUCUAGAAGCACAAUCUGGUUUGAUUACUUCUCUCUUCGUGAUCACCAAAACGAUGCAAAGACUUCCCUGGAGUCUACUGUAAACGACGCGUGUUUGGUCGAGUUGGAAAGCCUAAACUCCAACGAUACUAAUUCGGAGAAUCGGAAUUCUCGGAGAAGCACGAGUGAACUAGGGUCCGAUUCGGGCGAUGGCCUUUUGGACGACCAAUCUCAUGCGAAUGGUUUUGCAGAUAUUACGAAAAGCGUGACAGGUUUCGAAGAAAUUGCGACGGACGUUGAGAAUUUGGAGAGACGUGAGUCUGACGAUGUUAAAUUUAGUGGCUCUGCUUUUGUUGCUAGAGAUGAACCGCUUUCUGCGAAGGACUUGUGCAGCCCAAUGGAAUCCGAAGGUCCUGGUGAAGAAAUUGGGAGCCAGGAUGAGGUUUUGGAUUCUAAUUCGAUUGGAAAUGAGUCAGUUUCCUUGAAAUUUGGAGACUAUGGAAAAGAGAGCGAUCAUAUAGACAGUGUAAAUGAUGUUUUGAACAAGGAUUUGGGUGGGGAAGAUGGAGAAUCAAGUGAGAAAAUAGAUGUGGGAACAGAAGAAGUGAAAGUGGAGGCAAAAUCUGGUGAGAUAGACACCCAGAGGAGGAGGGUUGUGUGGUGGAAGGUUCCUUUUCAGGUGUUGAGGUACUUCUUUCUAAAGGCGAGCCCUGCCUGGUCUUUCUCUGUGGCUGUUGCUUUCAUGGGAAUGGUGAUAUUGGGGCGUAGGUUGUACAAGAUGAAGAGGAAAACUACCAGCCUUCAGUUGAAGAUUGCUGUGGAUGAUAAGAUAUCGCAAUUUGCAGAUCGGGCUGCACGAUUGAAUGAAGCCUUCUCGAUGGUGAGACGGGUGCCUGAGGUGAGAGCUUCAUGGACGGGUGCAGGUGCAAAUUCUUGGCCUGCCAUGAGUAUGAGGUGAAGUUUUUUUUUCAACUAUUUGGAGAUGUUGGAGGUCUGCAUGUGUAUCAUAAGGUAAGAGAUGCAAGUGUGAGUGAAGUUGAUGGGAAGCUUUUUAUGCGAUGCUUUGUUUGUAAAUGAAUAUGUAAGUCUCUUCCACUAGACUUGAUUUUGGACCUUAGUUUGACUCUCAUUCCCAUACUCUCAAAAAUUAUGUUUAAAUAGCUUAGAUUUUUGGUUGAUGAAGAUUUAUAGAUUCUCGAGAUGGAGAUGUAUAAUAGAACUUGUGUACGAUCUCUAA